UAUAUUGCGAGGAUGUGCUGUAGUAGCAGUAGUGGCUCCUUGUCUCGUCUAGGCAUCACUCUAGGUCUGCUCUCUCUAGUCACUCUGGUCACAGCAUUCGUCAGUAACGUGUGGGUCUACACUCAAGAACCGGUUAUUGUCCCUGUUACCCACGCCUCUACUACAAUCACUUUCCGCAUAGGAUUUUGGCGAGCCUGCCCUUCUGUCAGCCGCGUCAACAUUACUGGACACGUGCCUUCGCCAGCUUGUCAGCUGAUCAAGUACUCCCCCUGGGACGAACUCUACAGUUCAGACCUCGGCGUCGUCUGGACACCGCUGGAGUUUACCCCUACCUUCGUCUCUCGGAUGAGAUUCUCAAUGCCAUUUGCUGCGGUGUCGCUGAUCCUCACACUGUUGGCUGCAAUGUUUGCACUGAUGGGUCAUUGCAACACUGACCACAAGACUCUCGUGGCUUGCGGGCUCUUCACUUUGGCAGGUCUGACGUUAGCCAGUGGUCUGGUCGUAUUUGUCUCCGUGUUGUCCGACGCCUACCAAGACCGGCCUCGACGUCCCGGCGCUACCUCCCCCUUCCACUACCAGUACGGCUGGUCCUUCGUCACAGCUGGGGCGGCCUUCGUCCUGGCCGAGGGGGCGGCGCUGCUGUCCAUGACGUCAUACCUGAAGCGCUUCGCCACUGUGGAGGACAUGGUCCGUACCAUGGUACCAGGAGCUGACAGACGUCUCCAGGAGCGACAGCUGUGCAAGGAGUAUCUCGUCAAGAGGUCUAGCUCUGUAUUGAACCCAGACAUGCUGCACAAAGGCGAAGCUUUAGACACCAGCGAGGAAGGCUGCGACGGACCCCUCCUCACCUCCAAGACUCCUCCAGACAUCUGCUCUACAAACACCAUCCUCCAGGAGCCGACGACUGUUCCUAUCACCCUCAUGCACAAGAGGCCGCAGUUCCCCGGCCAACCCAUAGCCUUCCAAUUUCCCACCACGGACUUCCCAAGGUACGCCACCAUCGGAAGCUGCACCAUCGUGCACCAAGGAGUCCUAGGGGUUUCCGAAGGAACCUCUUCGUCCUCAGGCUCUUCAGCGUCUUCCGCAGGUGUAGUGACGUCAUCAGGGAGCUCAGCGUCUAGUAGGAAGUUCCAGUCGUUGCCUAGAGCGAGAAAGAUGUCCACUCCUUCUGGGUUCUCCACCUUGAACACCAAGAGGAGCGGGUCACCAUCCAGUCUGAGUCAAGGGUAUUGCUCGGGUGGAACUGGAUGUCAGCCGAUAGUGAUUCAUUCGGAUGAGGAAAUUGUGUAG